CCCUAAACCCCAUGCGGAAACAGGAGCGCGUAGGGAGGUGGGAACACGUGUGCAAAAACUUCCUUAAACAGGACGUGAGGGACGCUGCCACGUGACGUGAUGGAGGAGCAGCCACCAGGCAUGCAGGGACCCACGGCUCCACCCUUCCAGCCACAGAAAGCUUUGCGCCCUGACAUGGGCUACAACACGCUGGCCAACUUCCGAAUAGAGAAGAAGAUCGGCCGUGGGCAGUUCAGUGAAGUGUACAGAGCAACCUGCCUGCUGGAUGGGGUGCCCGUAGCGCUGAAAAAGGUCCAGAUAUUUGAUUUAAUGGAUGCCAAAGCCCGGGCUGACUGCAUCAAAGAAAUAGAUCUUCUUAAGCAACUGAAUCAUCCAAAUGUAAUUAAAUAUUAUGCCUCAUUCAUUGAAGACAAUGAACUGAACAUAGUGUUGGAAUUGGCUGAUGCUGGAGAUCUCUCUAGAAUGAUAAAGCAUUUUAAGAAGCAGAAGAGGUUGAUACCCGAGAGGACGGUCUGGAAGUACUUUGUUCAGCUCUGCAGUGCCCUGGAGCACAUGCACUCCCGCCGGGUCAUGCAUCGAGAUAUAAAACCAGCUAACGUGUUCAUUACGGCGACAGGGGUCGUAAAGCUUGGAGACCUUGGCCUGGGACGAUUUUUCAGCUCCAAAACGACAGCUGCUCAUUCUCUAGUUGGUACCCCUUAUUAUAUGUCUCCAGAGAGAAUACACGAGAACGGUUACAACUUCAAGUCUGACAUCUGGUCCCUGGGCUGCCUGCUGUACGAGAUGGCUGCGCUGCAGAGUCCCUUCUACGGCGAUAAAAUGAACUUGUACUCCCUGUGCAAGAAGAUCGAGCAGUGYGACUAUCCGCCUCUGCCCUCGGAUCACUACUCAGAGGAGCUGCGACAGUUAGUGAAUAUGUGCAUCAACCCAGACCCCGAGAAGCGACCAGACGUGACCUAUGUGUACGACGUAGCGAAACGUAUGCACGCGCACACUGUGAGCAGCUGAACAGCCCCGGGAUCCCAACGAGAACAACACAAAUACUCAAGUAUUUUAAAUAGAUCAUCCCUCUUCUUUCCUCUGUGUGUUACAGAAAUGUAAUUAUUUGAAGCUUAUUGUCGUGCUCUGAAUUGUAAACCAAUUUAUAUACAGGCUUUCUUUUCUCUUUUUUUU